GUACGGAGAAAAGAUUCUCUCUACGGAACUGUCACCGACAACACGCUCUUCCGGAUUUUAGCUAGAAAAGAAAGUAGCGAGACUCGGAUUUAGUUAAUCCAUAGCCCAUAGCCACUAUGUGAGAGUAUUUAUCUUCUUUCUCAGUCCUGGAAAGAAAAGGAGUGGCCUUCUUCGAUCGAUUGAUCCCAUCGCUGUGAUCUUCGCGGAUCGAUCGAUCCAUGGGCAAGAGGGCGCUACUGGUGGGUUGCAAUUACCCCGGUACCAAGGCCGAGCUCCACGGCUGUGUCAACGAUGUGAAGCGGAUGUAUCGCAGCCUGGUGGAGAAGUUUGGCUUCGCCGAGGAUGAAAUCGUGGUGCUCAUCGACACCGAUUCCGAGGGCACUCAGCCCACCGGCGCCAACAUCCGGAAAGCUCUUGCCAAUCUCAUCGAGGGGACCGAGGAUGGCGGUAUCCUCUUUUUCCACUACAGUGGCCAUGGUGUCCGAGUUCCUGCCGAGUCGGGCGAGCCGGAUGAUACGGGCUACGACGAAUGCAUUGUUCCUUGCGACAUGAACUUGAUCACUGAUGAUGAUUUCCGCGACUUGGUUGACAAGCUCCCGGAGGGAUGCCGGAUCACGCUCGUCUCGGAUUCGUGCCACAGCGGUGGAUUGAUCGAGAAUGCCAAGGAGCAAGUCGGCGAUAGCUCCACGGGAUCGCGAUCAUACUCCGGAGAAGAGGAAGAACAAGGUGGCCGUGGUGGUGGAUUCCGAGAUCUCGUUUUCCAGGGCGUCCAGAGCGCGUUUGAGAGCCGAUCCGGCAUCAAGCUCCCAUUCAAGCUGGGCAGCCGCCACCGUCGCCAAGAGGACCAAGAAGAAGAGCAAGUUCUCGAGGAAGAAACUGAGAAUGGUGACGUCGUCAAGAACAAGUCACUGCCGCUGUCGGUGUUCAUCGAUCUCCUCAAGGAGAAGACCGGCAGGCAAGACGUGAGCGUGGGCAACAUCCGACCCACGCUCUUCGACGUUUUCGGCGAGGACGCCAGCCCCAAGGUGAAGAAGUUCGUCAAUCUCCUCUUCCAGAGGCUCCAGAGCAGCGGCGGGAACGAUGGAGGCCAGGGGGGGAUCUGGGGAGCAAUCGGUGGUCUCGCGCAGGAUUUCCUCAAGACAAAGCUCGAGGAAUCGGGGGAGGAGUACGCAUCGCCGGCGGUGAAAACGCACGCGAAUCCACACGAUGCCUACGCUGGAAGUGGGAACCAGGGUCGCAGAUCGGACAUGGCGGUGCUUGUGAGCGGCUGUCAAUCGGAUGAGACCUCAGCGGAUGCGAAGCCCGGGGGGAACAAGGAGGGUGCUUACGGUGCUCUCAGCAAUGCCGUCCAGAGCGUGCUGCGCGAGAGCGAUGGACGAGGCAUUGGGAACAAGGAUCUGGUGCUCGCGGUGCGCGAAUUGCUGGCCAAGCAGGGAUUCAAGCAGCAUCCAGGGCUGUAUUGCAACGACGAGCACGCGGAUCAGCCCUUCAUCUGCGAGUUCUUGGCGUACUAGAUGAAUCGAUCGCGAGAGAGAGGAGAGAGACCGUUUGGAGAUUGUGUCUAUUAUAAAUAAAGUAUGAAGAACUCUAAUAAUUAUAAAGCGGGAAAAAUUAAAUUUAA